GCCAAUAGUGAGAAUGAAAUCCCCCAGAAUCGUUCGCAAUUUUUAGGUUGAUUAUGAACCGAGCAUGCCAGUUUUACGGAUUAAAGAUUGUAGAUUAAAGUUACAGAUUACGGUUAGGCCAAUUAUAAACCAGUCUUAAGGGCACAUGGGAAACUUUGGGAACUACUGAUUUAUUUUUAAGGUUAUUUAAGUUUACAAUUUCAAAAAUUUACAAGAAAUACCUGCAGAACAAGUUCAAUCAACAGUAUUAAAGAUGUCCGUCGAGGAAGAUGUCGAAUUAAGAGAUUUAGUUGCUCAAACCUUGGAACUGAACGGAUGUCUACCAAAAAUAAGGGCCCAACUUCGCGCGAGUAUCUUUCUUGCCCUUGACGAAAAUGAAGAAGUACAAAAUAAGGAACCCUUACAAAAUACGAAAAUUAAGGCUCAGCUGGAAUCGAAAACGGGUCGUGCGAUGUUUUGCAUCGUUCGCGAAUUUCUCGAAUACUUCGAUCUCAACUUCACCAUUUCCGUUUUCGAACCCGAAACUUACUCGGGAAACGGCUACCAGUACGACGGCCGGUCUCAGAUCAUCGAGGACUUGGGAAUCUCGCAGCUCAACAAAGACUCGAACCUGCCCCUCUUACAGCAGCUCAUCGAAAUUGCUCAAUUAAAAAAAAAUGUAAUCGACAUUAAUCUCAAUAAUAUUCAAAGUGUCACGGUAUCACCUGACAGUGUUGUGUCCGAUCCUCAUCCUCAUCUCAACGAAACCUUCGACUUAAGUGAGUCGAACUGUGUCAAUAAUGCGAUGAAGGAUUCGAAUACCGAUAGUCAAGAGGACUUUUCGCCUCCCAUCUUAAAAGACACAAAGCGUGACAGUGAUAAAAAGUUGUCGCAAAAAGCAGAUAAGCUCAAGAACAAAAGUUUAACCUCACUAGCCGACCUUCCUCCUUUACAGCUGGGCAAAACCCGUAAUGACACAGUUUUACUUCCGUCCCUCUACAGUAAAGAGUUUAAGACUAACCCGAGCAUGAAAGAAAUCGAGCAAACCUUCGAUGUUGACUUAGACGGUUACGAAGAAGACUUCAUGUCGGAUAGCGAAGCAAAUUUAAAUAAAACGUACGUCGAGGAGCGAGCAGCUGACACUUCCUCAUCACAACGUAGCGGUGGUGAGGAUAACAUGACUGAGAAUUCAAAUUCUCUCAAUUAACAGUAUUUAUUUCUAUUAACCUCACAUUCCGAGCCAUUGUACUUAUUUAAAAGCUGCUCUGGACUUGUUUCUAGGUGCAGUGUUGUUUAAUGUUUAUUUAUUCACGUACUUAACUGGUUUUUUUUAACAAUAAAACUGCGAGCAAUAUAAGUUAAAAACGC